AUGACUGGGUACUUGAAUAGAUUAACUAAAAGAAAAUUUCUAAUGAUAAAUUUAUUUGUGCAUUUAAUAUGUACAAACACUCAGAGGUCUGGAGGCGCAGAUAGAGAAGGAUAUUUCAAUAGUUCAUCAUGGUUAAAUUUAUUUCCUCCCAUUUCAUUGUAUACACAUAUAGGAUUCAGCUUUAGAACAUGUUCUGGAGGACAAAUAUUUUCUCAAACUCAAGACUUACCAUAUACUCAAAUCUCAGUAGAUGUUCUUCAUGAUGGCUUGUUGUUUACUACAUUUCUCCAAAACAAACAUUUCGAAUCAAAAAUCCAAGGAGAUUUUUUUGAUAAUUCUUGGCAUAAUGUUAAUUUUAUAUAUAAGCUUGGAGAAUUAACAAUGUCUGUUGAUAGCUUACAACAAGUUAUAGCAAAUUCUACAUUUAAUUCAGAAAUCUUAAAUUCUGAGAUUAUUACUGAUCAAUCCAUGUUAAGAGUAGGAGAUGGUUUUGAAGGGUGUUUAUUAGAAGGCCCAAAUUUUAUUUUUAAUUCAUCUUUAAAUCAAGCUUAUAAAGUUGUUUGGGGACAUUGUCCCUUAAACAGUCAGUCAUGUACGGGUAUUGAUUACUGUUCACAUGCCCCUUGUAUGAUGCAUGGAGUAUGUGUUCCAAGACAAAAUAAAUACCAUUGUAUCUGUCAACCUAGGUAUUCUGGAAAUAAUUGUGAAAUUGAUAAUGGAUCCCCAUGUGCAAAACAAAACAAUCGUUGUAUGCAUGGCUUGUGUGAAGAAAUAAAUUAUGGUAAUGAUUUUAUGUGUCAUUGUGAUCAAGGAUUUACAGGUAAAUUUUGUGAAAUUGAAUUAUCUGCACAUGUUUGUGAUAAUAACCCAUGCAGAAAUAAUGGUACAUGUAAAUUAACAUCAGGAGGAAAAAGUUAUGAAUGCAGUUGUGCACCAGGAUUUAAAGGAGAUGACUGUGAAAUAAAUAUUAAUGAAUGCUUGUCAAGUCCUUGUCAACAUGGAGGUGUAUGCAUUGAUGGUGUGAAUAAUUAUACAUGUGCAUGUAGUAAAACUGGAUAUAAAGGAAUAAAUUGCGAAACAAAUAUAAAUGAGUGUGAAAUAAAUCCAUGUUCCAAUCAGGGUGUAUGUUUUGAUAACUAUGGAAGUUAUACUUGCCAGUGUCAAUUGGGAUUUGGAGGAAUCAAUUGUGAUAUAGAAUUGAAUGAAUGUAUAUCGAAUCCUUGUCAAAAUGGUGGCCAGUGUAGAGAUCAAGUUGGAACAUAUGAAUGUCGAUGUGCUCUAGGAUUUAUAGGUAGAAAUUGUGAAAUUAAUGUGGACGAUUGCGAAUCCGCUGUAUGUCCAACAAACUCAAUUUGUGUUGAUGGUGUGGCAUCUCACUCAUGUCAUUGUAAAUCAGGAUAUACUGGUGUUCCUCCUAAUUGUUCAGAAGUAACAGUUUGUAGUAGUCAUCCUUGUCAAAAUGGAGGUUCAUGUGGCUUAUUGCCAAAUGGCCAAUUUAAUUGUUCAUGUUCAUUAGGAUAUACAGGCGCUUUUUGUGAGCAUGGUAAUAUAGUGGCUCGUUCGCAUGCUGAUGAUGUUUGUGUGAUCAUGCCUUGUCUGAAUUCUGGCACAUGUAUAUCCCAAGGAUCUAAUUACGAAUGUAAAUGCCCUGCUGGCUUUACUGGUCGAAAUUGUGAAAUGACUAUGAAAUGUAAUGCUACCCCUUGUCAGCAUUUUGUGUCUUGUCGUGACUAUGCUGGUGGGUACUAUUGUGAAUGCGAACCUGGUUGGUCUGGGCAGCAAUGUAAUCAACGUGAUCCUGCUUGCAGUCCAAACACUUGUGCUCAUGGUGGGACUUGCACUCUAUUAGCAGGACAAGCUGAUCCUUUCCAUUGUGAUUGUCCCCCAGGUUUCACUGGCCAGACAUGUCAAAUAGAUAUUGAUGAAUGUAUGUCCAAACCUUGUUUAAACGGUGGAAUAUGUCAUGAUCUUAUUAAUGGUUUUCGAUGUAACUGUACUGAUAACUAUAUGGGUGCUUACUGUCAAUUACCAUUUGACGCUUGUACUAAAAAUCCUAGCCCUUGUUUAAAUAAUGGUACUUGUUUACAUAAAACGUCAUCACUUAAAGACUAUUACUGCAAGUGUUCUCCAGGUUUUGAAGGUAAAAAUUGUGAAGUAAAUAUCGAUGAAUGUAAAACUGGAACUUGUCCAGUUGGAAAAGUUUGUAUUGAUGGUAUUAAUACUUAUGAGUGUGAAUGCCCUGAAGGAUAUACAGGAGAAAAUUGUUCAAAGUUAUUAAAAGAUUGUCGAAAUAAUCUUUGUAAAAAUAACUCUACAUGUAUAGAAGAUCUUGAUGGUUAUACUUGCCGUUGCAUGUCCGGUUUUACAGGUAUGCAUUGUGAUCAAGAUAUAAACGAAUGUGAAGUCAACAAAGAAGUAUGCAACUAUGGAAUUUGUGUUAACACUAAUGGGAGUUAUCAAUGUUUCUGCCGUCCAGGGUUUUCUGGUGAUAACUGUGAUGUAGACUUUGACGAAUGUUUGUCACAACCUUGUUAUCACGGUGCCACAUGUGAAAAUAAAAUUAAUGGUUUUAAUUGUAUUUGUCCUCCGGGAUAUACUGGUAAAGUUUGCAGUAUUGAUAUUAAUGAAUGUAGUUCGAAUCCUUGUUCAAAUGGCGCCACUUGUAUUGAUAAUAUUGCAUCUUUUACUUGCUCUUGUCCUACUGGUAUAGUAGGAAAACUCUGUGAAACAAAUAUCGAUGACUGUGAAUCUUCUCCAUGUCAGAAUAUGGGCUUAUGUAUUGACGGACUUAACAGUUAUGAAUGUAACUGUACAAAUACUGGAUUUGAAGGAAAUCACUGUGAGUUGAAUAUAAAUGAUUGUAUACAUGACCAAUGUGAGAAUAAUGGCACCUGUAUAGAUGGAAUAAAAGACUAUUCUUGCAAGUGUUAUACUGGUUAUACAGGAAAAAAUUGUGAAGUUGAUAUAAAUGAUUGUGAAAGUAAUCCUUGCCAAUUUGGAGGCACUUGUUUUGAACAUUCUAAUAUAUCGUUAUACAAUCAAAAAGAUAACCAUAACUUAUCAGCAAUAUUUCAACAAGAGUUCAGUUAUGCUACAGCUCAUGGAUUUGAAUGUCUAUGUUUACCUGGUACAACAGGUAUCAAAUGUGAAAUUGAUAUUAAUGAAUGUGAUAGCAACCCAUGCAAUUACGGUGCUUGUGAAAAUAAAAUCAAUGGUUUUAUUUGUGCAUGUGAAGAUGGUUAUGAAGGCAGAUUUUGUGAAACAGAAAUAAAUGAAUGUGAAAGAUUCAAACCUUGUGAUCACGGAACUUGCAUGGAUCGACGUGCUGGUUACUAUUGUGACUGUGCUCCAAAAUAUGGUGGUAAAAAUUGUUCUGUAGAAUUAUUUGGAUGUCAGGAUCAUCAUUGUUUAAACAAUGGUACUUGUAAACCAUAUUUGAUUGAUGAAAUUGAACAUCGCUAUAAUUGUUCUUGUCCAUAUGGAUUUCAUGGUCAUUUAUGUGAUAAGACUACUACUAUGUCCCUAACUGGUGAGUCUCGUAUUGUGGUCAACACCACUAGAGAUGAAGGCUAUGACAUAUCAUUUAGAUUUAAAACAACAUUACCAAGUGGUCUAUUAGCAAUUGGUGGUGGAUCAACAUUUUACAUAUUAGAAUUGGUUAAGGGCCGUUUGAAUUUGCAUUCAAGUUUGUUAAAUAAGUGGGAAGGAGUAUUUAUUGGUUCUGAACUUAACAACAGCCAAUGGCAAAAAGUUUUUGUUGCUAUUAAUUCAUCACAUUUAGUAUUGUCUGCCAACGAGGAACAAACUAUUUACCCUAUUAACUUGAAUGAAGGAGCUAACCCUACACAUACUAGUUUUCCUACUACAUAUGUUUUACCAGAUGAUAAAGUAGGUUCAACAAUAGGUUUAACUAAUGUUGAUAUAGGUUGCCAAAGGAAUGAUCAAUGUUUUCCCAAUCCAUGUCACAAUAGUGGUCAUUGUACUGAUUUGUGGAAAACAUUCAGUUGUACGUGUGAAAGACCGUAUCUUGGAAAUACUUGUCAAUACAGUUUCCCAGCUGCAACAUUUGGUCAUGAAAAUAUCACAACUGGUCUAGUCACAGUAAAUGUAUUUGCUGUGGCCAAAAGAGCUGUUAGAAAUAUUGUGGAUAUUUCAAUGUUCAUUCGAACCCGUCAAACCAGAGGAGCUAUAUUUUAUUUAGGAUCUAUGCCAGGAAUGGUCACAUUUUCUGAAGAAACUCAUAUUGCAGCUGAACUUGAAGGUGGUGAACUACUAGUCAGAAUACAAUUCAAUGCAACUCCUGAAUCAUAUACUGUUGGAGGCGUAAAACUAGAUGACGGACAUAAUCAUUUAAUACAGGUUGUUCGUAAUAUAACGUUGGUUCAAGUAAAAAUCAAUGGAACAGAAUAUUUUAGAAAAACUAUUAGUGCCACUGGUCAACUUGAUGUCCAGGUUUUAUACUUAGGGGGUUUUCCAUCUUCUAAACCAUCAAGACGUGAUUUAUCAGACCCAUUAAUUGUUAUGGAUAACAUUUUACCUCGUCCUAAUACUAUAGAAAGACAUAUUCGUCAAACAACAGCUGAUAAAUUUGAAGGAAUACCUCAUUUUAAAGGAAUAAUUCAAGAUGUACAGAUCAGCAAUGGAUCUCAAACCAUGGUUGUUGAGUUUUAUCCAUUGGGAAUUCAAAAUAAAGAUUUAGUUGUACCUAAAGCAUUUGGUACUGUAUCAUAUAAUCAAGAUGAAAUUUCACAAGGUGUCUUGUCUGAUGAUACAUGUCGUUCAAAUCCUUGCCAUAACGAUGGAGUAUGUUCAGUAACCUGGAAUGAUUUUACAUGUAAAUGUCCAUUGGGUUACAAAGGAAAACAGUGCCAAGAAAUGGAAUUUUGUCAACUUCAAGAUUGUCCUUUGGGCAGUGAAUGUCGAAAUUUAAAUCAUGGAUAUGAAUGUGUUGCCAAAAUUACGUUAGAUAGUCGAAAUACUACUGAGCCACUUUUACAGUACAAUUUUAUUAAAGGACAACAGGUUAUUCCACUAACUCAUAUUGAAGUCAAUUAUCGAACUAGAACUGGUGGAACAAUUAUGUAUGUUUCCAACAAGAAAAAUAGCAAUGACUCUGAAUACACAUUCUUCACAAUGAUAGCUUAUAAAGAUCGGUUUAUUAUCGCAUGGAAAUUGGAAAAAGAAAGUUCCAUUAGUACGAAACAAGUGCACAAAGAUCAUUUAGAUUCCGAGUGGACAACUAUUGUGUUCAAAUUAGCUGAUAAUAAAAUUCAAGGUGGUUUAGUUGGUGCAAUAGAUGAUACUAAUCAAUUUCUUAUAGCUGGAAAUUUUUCGUUAUCCAACUGGAUUGAAUUAGUUACAUCAAAUCCUAUUCUUAUAGGAAGUGGUGAACGCUAUCAUGAUAUACUAGGAAAUAGUGUUGAACAUGUAACAUAUAUGACUGAUGCAGAUACAAAUUCAUUAGAUAUGGUUGAUUCUAACACAAGAUUGAAUUUUGAAGAUACAAUGCAACAUGAUGUACCUUCUGUAGGAGGCUUUUACAAGGGUUGUCUUGGGGAAAUAAGAAUUGGUGGUUUGCUGUUACCUUAUUUUACACCAACUGAACUCAAUACCAACAAUCAAACCGAUCAUUUUGUGAUGCUAUCACAUAAUUCAACCACUGAACAUUUUGAUUUAGAUUGUUUACUUUGCUAUGAUUACGAAUGUAAAAAUGGUGGAAGAUGUAAAAAAGCUACAGAAUCCUAUGUUUGUGAUUGUCCACCUGGUUAUGAAGCUGAUGACUGCUCUGCAAAUAUCAAUGAGUGUUUGUCUAAUCAAUGCAAAAAUUCUGCAGAAUGCAUUGAUGGAAUUGCCAAUUAUACAUGUCAAUGUAAAGCUGGUUGGAUAGGCACAUUCUGUGAAAUUGAUAUCAAUGAGUGUGAAUCCAACCCAUGCCACCACAAUGGUAUUUGUAUUGAUCAGUUAGGUGAUUUUGAAUGUAAUUGUACAGAUGACUAUGAAGGAAAAACAUGUGAACAGUUAAAGCUUAUUACUUGCGAUAAUUUACCAUGUAAAAAUGGAGCCAACUGCUUUAUGAUUCCAGAUCAAUUUGGUAAUAAUUAUACCUGUUCAUGUUUGGAGGGAUUUUCGGGCACAACUUGUGACACAGCUUUCUGUGAUACUAAUGAGUGUCAGAAUAAUGGUUUAUGUAAAAAAGAGGAAUCUCCUUUCUGUGAAUGUCCAGUGGGCUUUAAAGGCCAUCUUUGUGAGCAAAAUAUUGAUGAUUGUUUCGAUAAUGGCAAUCAACCAAAAUGUCAGCACGGUGGUCAAUGUAUUGAUGGUAUUAAUGAAUUCACUUGUAAUUGUACAGACACGGGAUACACGGGUGAUGACUGCAGUAUUGAUAUUGAUGAAUGUUUUGAUCUCAAUAUACAAUGUGGUCAUCGUGGGGAAUGUAAGAAUACACCAGGGUCUUUCAUCUGUGCUUGUGAAAAAGGCUUUUGUGGGAAUUAUUGUGAUUUGAUUAAUCCUUGUUUACCAGAAAACCCUUGUAAUAAUGGAGGUUUUUGCCAAGAGCAUUGUACUGAUGUAAUAGUCUAUGAAUGUCAGUGUGCUAAUGGUUAUGUUGGACAAAACUGCACGGAGCUGCCCAUCAUUCACAACUAUGCAGAUAUAGCAUUAAUAGUCGGCCCAAUAUUACUUAUUCUACUUAUUGGUGGUAUGGGUAGUUUACUUGUACUAUUAAUGAUGGCACGAAAGAAAAGAGCUACACGGGGUACUUAUAGCCCUAGUUGUCAAGAAUAUUGCAAUCCUAGAGUUGAAUUAGACAAUGUACUGAAACCCCCACCGGAAGAACGACUUAUCUAA